CCCAGCUUGAAGCCCAGCGCGGCGGCCGAGCCGGCCGGGGGCCGCCUCUGGCAGCCCCGGGCCGGACGCCCCUGUCCCCAGCAGCGGGGUCAGGAUGGCGCUGAAGCGGAUCCAGAAGGAAUUAACCGACCUGCAGAGGGACCCUCCUGCCCCGUGCUCUGCAGGACCUGUGGGAGAUGAUCUGUUCCACUGGCAGGCCACCAUCACGGGCCCGAAUGACAGUCCUUACCAAGGAGGAGUUUUCUUCCUGACCAUCCACUUUCCUACAGAUUAUCCUUUCAAGCCCCCAAAGGCAGUGGGCUCCGGAAGGCGUUUACCAGCAUGGUCCCUCCACACUUGGGCCCAGAUGCCUUCAGGACACAGCUACCCUCAGAGUGUGAAGGACACUGACCAUUUGGAGCCCUGCUUUCAUGCCCUGGAUCUGCUAUCCAAGCGCACCAGGAGAGCAUCAAGAAGUAAAGAAGGGCUUCCCUGGUGGCGCAGUGGUUGAGAAUCUGCCUGCCAAUGCAGGGCACACGGGUUCGAGCCCUGGUCUGGGAAGAUCCCACAUGCCGCGGAGCAACUGGGCCCAUGAGCCACAGUUACUGAGCCUGCGCGUCUGGAGCCUGUGCUCCGCAACAAGAGAGGCCGCGAUAGUGAGAGGCCCGCGCACCGUGAUGAAGAGUGGCCCCCGCUUGCCACAACUAGAGAAAGCCCUCGCACAGAAACGAAGACCCAACACAGCCAAAAGUAAAUUAAUUAAUUUAAAAAAAAAAAAAA